AUGGAGUUCGCUGCGCCGCGGGCGACCCUGCCGGCGGGCGAGGCUGUCGCCGCGUGUGAGCCCUUCGAGAGAAACAUUCCCUGCGUCGCGAUCACGCUGCAGUUGAGAGCGAGAAGCAUCGUGGGUGGGCAAGCCGAAGACUCUCCGCGCGCCUCCGCGGCCUCGCGGCCCUGCUCAAUCGACUUGUCUGAGGUCGACGGCGUGCUGGAUGACCUCGCCUCCUCUCCCGCAGGGUACUUUGUCUGCAAGCUUCACAAGCUGCUGCGGCGGCAGGAGGCGCCCGCGAGCGGUGGGCGCCGCGGCGACUCGCCGUCCGCGGGCCUCUCUGCUCCGGGGCAGCCCCUGGAGGGCGCGGGAGAAGAGGAGGCCGCCGCCGCGCCCGCCACCACCUUUGGAUGCCGCGUCUUCGGCACGCUGCUGGACGUCUCCGACUUCCUCUGGCGGGUCGGCGAACUUUACCUCGUCAUUCAGCCGCUCCGCGCGCGGAGGACGCGGCACAGGCCCUUCUCCUCCGCGAACCCCAAGUCUCCCUGCGACGCCGACCCUGCCCAGGACGCGCAGACGGAAGCUGAAGAGGAAGCGGAGGAAGCUGAGGACGACGAGCCUCGUUACGUCACGUUUAGUUUGAAAGAAGUGCUGGACGGCCCGACGCUGGGGACGCGCGUGGGGCCAGGAGGCCCCGGGGGGGGGAAGGUUCGCGAGUUCUUCAACCAAGUUCAGUUGGAUCCCGGGGACGAUGGAACGCUCCUCUGGGUGCGGCUGGGGCUCGAGGAGUUCGCCGUCCCCUACGGCGUCGGCCGCGACGACCCUGCGCUGCCGCUGCGGGAGGCAGGCGACGCCUUCGUUCUCUCCCUCAGUAUCGUGGAGAACCGCAGCAUGCGCGCCCUCCUCGGCGACAGCCCCCCCUCCCGAAAGUCGCUGCAAAACGGCGAGGAAGGAGGGUCGCCUGCGCCGCAGGUGUCGCUGCGGCUGGGGCACGUGCGGCGCGCCUGCCCCCCGCUGGCGUUUGCGUCGCCGGCAGACUGCGAGAGGCCGGCGGCCGCGGACGCCGCACUGCUGCCUCCGUCGCGCUUCGGCUUGGUCCUGGUGGGCUCCUGGGAGGAGGCGCUGUUGUACCUGAAGGGGGAUCUCGCCAGCGCGUGGGUGCAGCUUGAGGAGGCGCCCGACAGGAGGGACGAGCUCGACGGCAGCCGCAGCCGCGCCCAGCAACCUGCGCGACUCCGAGCGACGCACGCGCGCCCCGUGGAGCUCCCGAUCGACUUGACGCCGCUGGCGACGCGCGUGUCGCAGCACCUGGCGAUGCUGCACGACUCGGCGUUCCCUCCUGGCGUGGCGCCGCCGCCUUCUCUACGCGCGACGAACUCGCUCUCCGUGCUGCUGCACUCAGCCAACCACGCGCGGCUGCCUCGGCGCGUCUCGCUGCAGGCGCAGCUGCUUUUCCUCGCCUUCCAAGCUCACUCCGCCGGGGUCCCAACCGACGCCGGAGGCGCUGCGGCUCGCCUGUCUCCCUCGGCUCCGCGCGCGCCCCAGCCGCCGCAGCCGACUGCCCUCCUCGCCUCGUCGCCGCUUCACAGCGAGCGGGCAGGACACCAUCCUCCGCCUCUCUCUACAGCCGAGGCGACCUUCCGCCCGGCCCCCUCCUCUCCCGGCGGCGCCGCGCCGCAGUCGAACUCCCCAGAGGCCUGGCGAUCCCACUGCGGAGCUCUCGACGCCGCAGACGCUCUCGCGCCGCGCGCCGCGCCGUGCGCCGCGCCGACGCAGGUCGCCCUUCUGGAGCCCGCGCAGCCCUGGCGCGUCCUUGACGCGGCUUCCAAGACGGCGCCGGCGGCCUCGCCGAGGGGCGUGGAGGGCGACCGCGCGGAGCGGGCGACGGAGGCGGAGGCAAGGCGGAAGCACGCGGACGGGCUCGCGCGCUCGUCGGCGCCCUUCCCGUCUGCGCCCGCGUCGUCUACGUCGCACGCACAAGACGGUGCCGCGAUGCCGCCGAGCCGCGUAGGUCCCGACACCGGCCUGCCGGUCUCCUCGCUGCCCCUGUCGUCGUCAGCCCUCUCUCACUCGCUGCAGCCGCUGGCGCACUCGCUGCAGAACGGGCUCGCGGCGACGCAGACGCACGCGGCGGCCAUGUGGCGGCUCUCCGUCGACCUCGUCUCGCUUCAGCUCCGCGGCAGGCCGCCCGCGAGCCAGCGCGCGGUGUACGUACACUACAGUUACGCGCCGUUUGGCCCGCGGCACAGCUUCUCGACGGAGCCCGCCGUGGACUGCAGCAGUGGAGAGGCCGUGCCGCUGCCAAAGGGCUUCUGCGCAUACACGUUGACUGCGUCGCCCGCGCGGCUGCUUCAGUCGCUGCGGCUGACGCCGCUGGAGUUGAUCGUUUACCACCAGGCGGCCCGCGCCUCGUCGCCCGCGGCAGGGGCGCCGCCUGGCGCGCAGAGACUGGGGACUGCGGUCGCGGAUCUGGCUCUGCUAGUUCAGAAGCCCCUCCGCCGCCACCGACAGGCGCCGCACGAAUACCAGGCCUACAGUGCCGUGCUGCCUGUGCGAGGCGACGCGCCAGACGCAGAGACUAUCGGACAUCUCCAUAUUCAGCUCUACCUUGAGCACCUGCAGCCGCCUGCGUCGAUUGAGGCGCGCGCAUCCACACUUUUUUCUGCUGAGGAAUCUGCAGGUCGUGUCUGCUGUGUCUUCCUGAUUUGUGGUUCAGGAGAAGAGAAGAUGUCUUUUACCGUCGCCUACGAGCUGGAGCUCUGGAAGCAGGCCGAGGAGGCAAAGUUCGUCGCAGAGCUGAAGCGCCGCGAAGUCCAGGAGCGCGAACGUCUGCUGGAGCAGGUGCGCCGCGUGGAGCAGCACAAAAAUCAGGACUUACGAGCUCGCCAGGAGGCGCUGCAGCAGCUGCAGCUGCAGCUGAAGCAGAUGGCGCAGCAGCUGCAGCAAAAAGCUCUCGAGCUGCAGAGUCGCGAGAACGAUCUGCGGAGCGAGCGGGAACGUUGCAUGCAAGCGGCGGCGCGGGCGAGCGAAGAAGCGACCGAUGCAACGCGGCGCCUCAGAGAGGAACGGAACCAUGCUGUCCAUCUUGAGAAACAGACGAGCCUAAUGUUGCAGAGGCAGAACGAGGAGCUUCAGACUGAGGCGUCGCGCCUGCGGUCGCGGCUGGAGUGUCUGGAAGAAGAAAACUCCGAGCUGCGGCAACGCGUCACUAGCGGCCCUACCGCGCAGCUUCAAUCAGAACUGAAGCUGAAAUCGUAUCAGGUUGCCGACUUAGAGAGCCGCUUGGCGGCGAUGACGGCGUCCCGCGACUACUUCGUUAGCAGCUGUGCAGCGCUCCUCGAUAAGCUGCAUGCAGUGAAAGAGAUUCCUCCAGUGCCGCCGCCGCUGUGGGAGAGGGAGGUCGAGAGCCGCAUGACUUCGCUGCGCUCGGAGAUCAGCAGCCUCCGUCUAGCCCUCAUGGAGAACCAGCGGCAGGUGCACGCACGCGAGGACGCUCCCCGCGCCUCCUCGCCGCCCUCCGCGGCAGGGCGCCCUUCUUCUUCUUCUGCGUCUGCUUCAGCUGGACAGCUUCUCGGUGGCGGCGCGGUUUCUGCGCCUCUCGUACUUCCACCGACGCUGCCGUCUGCAGCGUUUCCUGCGGACGCGAAUGACGCCGCCGCGGGUGCCCGCAGGCGCGGCAGCGGGGGGAAGACUCCCCGCUCUUCGCCUCGCUGCAGAGAGACGCCAGCGGCAGCGGCCUCGCUCCCCGACAGCCGCCGGUUCCCCACGCGCGGCCGCUGA